CUGUUUGGAAUGAACUAAAAUAGAGAGAGAACCCAAAAGAAAGUCGCCAUAGCCAUACCGGAAGCAGAGAACACUUAAAGCAAACUCAUAUGGUGCCUUUGAAUCCGAACCCACCCGAAGGCUUCCACUAGGAUCCGAUGGGCAUGGCCGUUGCGAACCCGGACUCCAUUUCCAGCCCCACCGCUGUCAAUUCCAACGCGCUGCCGUCGUCGUCGUCGUAUUCCGAUGAUCCGACGAAGAAGGUCCGUAAACCCUACACCAUUACCAAGUCUCGCGAGAGCUGGACCGAGCCCGAGCACGACAAGUUCCUCGAAGCCCUCCAACUAUUUGAUCGAGAUUGGAAGAAAAUUGAGGCAUUUGUUGGAUCGAAGACUGUAAUUCAGAUACGUAGUCAUGCUCAAAAGUAUUUUAUGAAGGUACAAAAGAGUGGAACUAAUGAACAUCUACCUCCACCACGGCCAAAGAGGAAAGCCACUCAUCCUUAUCCUCAGAAAGCCCCAAAAAGUGCACCAACCGUGUCAUCACUGUCAAAUUCUUUUCAAACACCAUUAGCAUUUCCUGAUGCUGGACUCACACCGAAGCCUGAUCCUUCUUUGAUACCCAUAGUUCCUGUAACAGGUGCAGCAUUGCCACCUUGGAAAGACUACUCUGUGCAAGCAGGCAGUUCAAGUGUGAAAAAAGAUAAUAUGUCAUCAGUAGGACAAGCUCAUGUCUAUACCUACUCUAGCAGUGGUAAUGAGGGUGCUCCUAGUGAAUUGACAGAUCAGGGAGCUAAUGGAUCUUCAAUGAAAGUGUUGCCUGACUUUGCUCAGGUAUACAACUUCAUAGGCAGUGUUUUUGACCCAAAUGUGACUGGUCACCUGCAGAAGCUAAAGGAAAUGGACCGCAUUGAUGUUGAAACAGUGUUGUUACUGAUGAGAAACCUCUCCAUCAAUCUAACAAGGCCAGAUUUUGAGGAUCAUAGGAGGCUGCUUUCUUCAUAUGAAGAUGUGGCGAGUGAUGGGGGUGGAAAUAAGGUAUUAUGUGAAAAAAAAUCUCAGAAUGCUGCUCGAAUUUGGUAAAGCCACAAUUGGUCUAUGUUGCAUUCUGCCCCCGUUUGCAGUCAGGAAUUUUUUCAAGUUGCAAAAUGGUUUAACACUUUAACCUUGGUACCUAAAGAAACCAAUUUAUGCAAGGGCCAUGAUUUUCUGGCGUGCAUAUACAGUUUUGGUAAAAUUGCAUCUGUGCAAUUAAAUGAGUGUACAUUCUGUAAAAAAUAAAGAGAGAGAGAGAGAGAGAGAGAGAGAAAGAGUGUGUGUGUGUAUACUGCAGGCAUCUAAAAUGUAAAUCUGAUUUGUGUAAAUUCAAGUUUGACAAUUACAUAAUCCAGCUUUUGCAAUGCUUGCUUAUUUGUAAGCCUGUGUAAAUUAUUGAGGAGACAAUAGAAAGUUUGAAAAAUAUUGGCUUCAAGUUUC